GCAGCUGAGAUGAAUCAAGACUCGAAGCCUCUAUUUAAAUAUUAACCUGGACCUGAAACUGUGUAAGAUACGGAUUAGGAUUACUAGGAAUUAGGAACAUCCAUAUCGGAUUCUAACUUAGAGAGUCCAAUCAAAGCUCUCCGCUUGUUGUUUCCGAAUUGGGAAUUUGGAAUUUGGAAUUACACCUUAUUUAGGGGACUGGAGUGGCUAUAAAAUCAUGAAACCGCCCUCCAUUGCCUCUGAAGUUCUUCAGGAUCUCAGUUCUCCGCUCACCGCCGCCAUGGAUGAUAAGAGGAGAUCGUACUGGAGGUUUAGCAAGACCGAUUUUUUCCCGGAGCCCACAUUCGAGAACUUCUCCACCUACCUCCACGCGCUGGGCCGGACGCCGGGUCGGCUGAAAGAUCGGGUUUUGGCCCGCUCCGAUGAGGCCACGGAGAUGGUGGAGCUGAAGAAGGAGUCGGAGAAUGAGAUGCAGAAAUGUUUGACAUGGUGGGACCUAAUGUGGCUCGGAUUCGGGUCGGUCGUCGGGUCGGGUAUCUUCACAAUUACCGGUCUCGAAGCGCGCUAUCACGCGGGCCCUUCCAUUGUUCUAGCCUACGCAAUCUCCGGCCUCUCCGCUUUGCUUUCAGUUUUCUGCUACACAGAAUUCUCCGUCGAGAUCCCAAUCGCCGGCGGGUCGUUCUCUUUCCUCCGCGUCGAGCUCGGCGAUUUCGUGGCGUUCUUGGCCGCAGGUAACCUUCUAUUGGAAGCCAUUGUAGGCGCCGCGGGGCUAGGGCGCUCGUGGUCUUCCUAUUUUUCCAGUCUUAUAAGCAACAAUGCCGAUUUCUGGAGAAUCAAGAUUGAUUCUUUCGCCGAAGGGUUCAAUUUGUUGGAUCCAACGGCUGUGGUGAUUCUCGCCAUUGCAAAUGGAAUAGCCAUGACUGGAACUCGCCACACUUCGAUUUUGAACUGGCUAAGCUCCAUAAUUACUGCUCUGGUUAUAGUUUUCAUCAUUGUUGUUGGGUUUAUUAAUGCCAAGACUGAGAAUUUAUCCCCAUUUGUCCCUUUUGGGGCUGGGGGGGUGUUUAGGGCUGCAGCUGUAGUGUAUUGGUCUUAUACAGGUUUUGAUAUGGUGGCAACAAUGGCUGAGGAGACUAAGAAGCCCUCUAGGGAUAUACCAUUAGGGUUGGUUGGUUCAAUGUCUAUUAUCACUGUGGUUUAUUGCCUAAUGUCAUUGGCUCUCACCAUGAUGGUGAAGUACACCAUGAUUGAUGCAGAUGCCCCGUUUUCUGUUGCGUUUGAGGGGAUAGGGAUGAAAUGGGCAAAGUAUUUGGUGAGUGUUUGUGCUUUGAAGGGAAUGACGACGAGUAUGCUUGUAGGGUCUAUGGGGCAGGCGCGGUACACUACUCAGAUUGCCCGGGCACAUAUGAUUCCCCCGUGGUUUUCCUUGGUGCAUCCGAGGACUGGAACGCCGAUAUAUGCUACUUUGUUGACCACUAUAACUAGCUGCAUUAUUUCGUUCUUCACGAGCUUGGAUGUUUUGUCUAGCGUGUUCUCAUUCAGCACGCUUUCCAUUUUCAUGCUAAUGGCCGUUGCUUUGCUGGUUAGGCGAUACUAUGUUAAGGAGCAGACUACGAGAGGCGAUUAUAUCAGAUUCUUGGUGUGCCUGUUUGUCAUCAUAGGCUCGUCGAUUGGAGUGACAGUUCUUUGGAACAGGGAUAGUAGAGGAUGGGUUGGGUAUACCGUGGGAGGCGGUUUAUGGGGUUUGGGCACGUUAGGAAUGGGAUUGCUUCCGAAAAAGAGAGUUCCGAAAGUUUGGGGAGUUCCCCUCGUUCCUUUGCUGCCAUCGCUGUCGAUUGGGAUGAACUUGUUUCUUAUAGGAUCUCUUGGUGCUGCCGCGUUUUGGAGGUUCUUCGUAUGUAGCGCUGUGAUGAUAGUUUACUACCUACUCGUUGGUGUUCAUACUACGUACGACAUGGCUCAUCAAAGUCAUCCCGAUUUGAGGACUGAAGAGGGGAGAGUUGCUUCCAAUCAAGUGUUAUAGUAGGUUAGAUGCCAAAAAUUUGCAUCUUAACUUAUGUACAUAUCCCCAGAUGUCAAGGUUCUUUGGCUUAGUGUCUAGUAUGAAACAUAGAAUAUGGUUUCAUUUUAGUUUAGGAUGGUUUCUUUCUGUUCUUUUGGAGGUUGCAGUAGUGAUCAUUGACAAGUUAAUAGACAUAUGUAUGAUUAACAUGGAUUGGAAAGGAAAUGUCAAUGAAGAAUGUGUCAUUUUGAUUCAUUAUUGUCAAUGAGGUUUUGUUA